AUGUCUGAAGUAUUAUCUGAAGAAAUAUAUAGAACUGAAGUAUCAUCUAAAAUAACAUCUGAAAUUAAAAUAAAAUCUAAAUCAAAAGAUACUAUAUCUUCUAUGACAGAUGAAGGUUAG